CAAAAUACCAAGCUUAAAAAGCUUGUGCGAUGGGAGGAGAAGCAGAAGAAAGAUCUACCAGUGAUCUAACUAUUGGAUUGAUGCUUGCUGUUAGUUCAACUGUAUUCAUUGGAUCCAGUGGUAUUGUGAAGAAGAAGGCACUUAUUAAGAUCCAUGCAUAUGCAACAAGAGCAGGUGAUGGUGGACAUGCAUAUCUCAAGGAAUGGCUGUGGUGGGCGGGCUUUGGACUUUUGGCUGCUGGAGAGUUUCUCAACUUUAUUGCAUAUGCCUUUGCCCCUGCUCUUCUGGUGACCCCACUUGGUGCCCUGAGUGUCUUAGUUACUGCUGUCCUGUCCCAUUAUUUCCUGAAAGAGAACCUCAACUUGCUUGGUAAAGUUGGCUGUAUGCAGUGUAUCAUUGGCUCAACCAUCAUGGUUUUACAUGCCCCCGUGGAAGGAGGAGCAGCCUCCCUGGCUGAACUAUCUAUACGAUUACAAGAUUCAGUAUUUGUGACGUACAUCAUAGGGCUGUUGAUAGUAGUAGUCGUUCUCAUCUACGUCGUCUCACCCACGCAUGGUCCUAAAAACAUCUUGGUCUACAUCUCCAUUUGCUCUUUGGUGGGCUCCCUCUCUGUCCUAGCUUGUAAAGGCUUUGGCAUCGCCGUCAAAGAAUACUCGAAAGGUACAAACACUUUUCUACUCCCCAUCACGUGGUUCCUGCUAUCGUGUCUCGUCGUCUGUAUAUUAAUGAGCAUGCACUAUUUGAAUAAAGCUCUGGAUACGUUCAAUGCAGCGGUCAUCGCUCCCAUUUAUUACGUGUUCUUCACGACGUGUGUGGUGACCGCUUCUGGCAUCCUCUUCAAGGAGUGGGCCAGCAUGAACUUACGAGACACGUUGUCCACCGUUGCUGGCUUUGGGGUCAUCAUCAUGGGCAUCUACCUCCUGCAUACCUUCAAAGAUGCAAACAUUUCACUGGAUUCCAUCACUCUGAUGUCCCCGAAAAUCAAGGAUUUAUCGAAGUCCCCUCUUCCAUUGUCGAACAAUCAUCGCGGUGUCAACAGCAGCGAUACAGAGUCAAUAGGUUAUUUGAAAUCUACUGUAGAAGAGGUAAGAUUUCCUCAAGCCAAUUUUUAUUUUUAACCCAAUUAUUGUAAAACUAGUAGAAACUUACUUGAAAUUUUGGAAAUGGUGAAGGUUGGUUAACAUUUACUGCUACAAAAUAUGGAAAUUAUCAAUUGAUCUAAUCUUAACUCUUAACAUAUUCUUGCUGGGGGGGGGGGGGGCGGUCUACUGCAAUUCAUAAGGUGUCAUGUUAAGAUAAGUUCUGGUCAUGCCAAAAGCUUGUUCACAUCUUUCCAGAGCCAAUGCACUUACUCACUGCUCCAGAUUUUUAAAGAUCUUGUUGGGCAAGCAAGUUUGAUCUUUUUGAUAGGAUAACCGUAUCCUUGGUCCAUUGCUCAAGGUCUUUUUCUUCAUCUGUUUUAUGUUGAAAUAAUACCAAUCAUGUUUUUUGUGCACCGCAUCGUUACAUUUACAUUUUAGCUAUAUGUAUGCUAACAAUCUACAUUAAUUGUUUAUGUCAUAUUAUUGGAACUCAUUAACCCUCUUUCAAAGUUUUUGUAUAAUCUGGGAACAAAGAUGAGGGGAAAAAAGCCUACCGUAGUAAUGGGGAAUUAUUCCUAUGAUAGAGAGAUCAUCUUGGCUUUAUUAUCCUGAGAAAAUUAUGAAGGCACACCACACAAUUUUGUUUGCACGCUAUAUAAUUAUGAAAAUGCUAAACAGUAUUAAGACAAGCCUUCAAGUUAUAGCAACAAAGGCAUAUAUGCCGGUAAGAGCCAAGUUUUUGUUUUUUAAUUGUAUUAUAUUUCCAGAAAAAAUACAAAAUUUGUAAUAAAAGUUGUAUUCUUUCUUAUGUUUAUGUUUUCAGGCAGUUUCAUAAAAAAAUAUAAGUGUUUUGAUAUUAUCAUUAUAUGCCCUCCAACCAACCUUGUUCUGCGGGAAGGAUUGUUUUUUAAAAUAAUUUUAUCCUUUUGAUGCAAAUGAUAUUUUAAAGAGCAUGGUACUUACUUUUGGUUCUUUUGUUUUUAUGCACAUUAGUAAAGUCGCAACCCCAUUUGGUACUGUUUGACUUUAAUACAUUUAUUUUAAGCACAAUGUGGAAUAAGCAUGGAUGUCAGUGUUGGAGCAUUGUGAGUUGGAAUUUAACCUGUCAGCAAUGUUUUUUAUCAAAGAGGCAAAGUGCGAACAUACAUGAUAUGUUUUACUGAUAUCAGCUGUGACAUCAUUAGAGAUUUCAAGAUCUUUAUUUAACAUGCUAGAAUUAGUAGAAUAGCACGCAAACAAACCCAACAUUGUCUGCUUGUUACUUCAUUCACACAAUAUCCAACAUUAAAAGUGAUAUGA